AUGACCUUCGAGGAGGUGGCUGUGUAUUUCACCAAGGGGGAAUGGGCGCUGUUGGACCUGGGUCAGAGAGCCCUGUACAGGGAUGUCAUGCUGGAGAAUUACAGGAAUGUGACCUCACUGGGUUUUCCAAUUCCCAAGCCCAGCGUGAUCUCCCAGCUGGACCAAGAGGAAGAGCCGUGGGUCCCUGAUCUCCAGGGGUCCCAGGCUAGAGAGAUCCAGAGAAACAUCUCCAGAGAGGGCUGGUCACCUUCUCCCCAUGCUGACUGGUAUAUAAGGGCAGUCAGCAGCGAACCAGCUGAGCGGCGAACAGCAGAGGCUAACAGCGGGAGUUUGCCUGGGAGCUGUCCGAGAGGAGUUAGCUGCUGCCCUCCACCCUAGAGAUGGCAGCAUUCAGAUCCUGAUGUCGGUUACACGGAGCAGCUCUCCUGAGGCAAGGUGCCAUAGGUUGUAGUCUGUAAAAUGGUGUGAAGGUUUCUGUAGAUUGUCAGCGGCUGCUUCCUGGUCUGCUGUGUGCUCUCUAACCCGGCUGGCUGGGAAAUCGUGACUGCUAUUCGGAGCCGACUCAGCUCCCCUGAGCCCGAGGGUGGGGGCAGCUGAGUCAGAUGCAGUAGCGCAUCAGGGCCCAACUAUUAAGGCAGGAACGGGCCAGCUACAGGCUCCGAGGCCCGUGGAAUCAGUACCUGGAGGUGCUUGGGAACAAUUGCUGUAAACCACUAAUGGCGCUUCUCACCCUCCAGCUUGCUAGGUGCUACUUCAGCUGUGUUUGAAACCAUUGCAUGGAUGCAAGCCACCACCAACCCUUUCAAAUGUGGUUAUGAACCCUGGUGAGGACAGGCCAUACAGAGCUUGUUGGGCCCCAGUUUAAAAGCAAGUAGGGUGACCAGACGUCCCGAUUUUAUCGGGACCGUCCCGAUAUUUCCUUGUUUGUCCCGCGUCCCGACCGACAUGCGGUCGGGACACUGGACAAACAAGGAAAUGCCCCGGAGCCUAGAGCC